AAGGUUACACUUUGGAUGCCGGUUCAUUAAUCAGGUUGUCUGUCUACUGGCCUAGUGCAUACAGUUGUCUCACUCAGACUGAAGGUUUUACUUAAUACAAUUAAACUCCUGGCUGUAGAAAAUUUUACUUUUUAUGGCCCAGUUAAGUCACUGAAAAAAUAUACUGACUCUCAGCAGUGCCCGUACAUUGGGUUCACAUCAUCAUCAUCCUCGUGCCCUUAUAUAACAACCCAGAAAUUCUCCAACCGUGUGACAUGGCAGAUGCCCUGGAUUCCGGCUCCAGUGAGGAAAGUCUCCUUAUGCAGUGGAACAUUUCCAGUCGACGCAGCCGAAAGUCUGGAUGCUCUAACAUUUUUACAGGCUUGAACAUGCAUCAGCUACACAGGCUGUUCAGAAUGUCAGGGGAGAGAAAUGCUGAGCAUCGGGCAAAGCUGGUGUGGCAGGGGAUAGAUGACGAUAUGCCAGGAGCAAAUGAAGAAAAGGAUGAGAAAGAAGGGGAAGAAACAGGGCUGGCCGAGGCCUUGGUAGGACUGAGAGUCCGAGCAAGGAAUAAAGCAGGAAUCAGAGUAGAGGGACGGAAAGAUCACAAGUGGAACAGAGCACUGGGAUAUCUCAGGAUUAAGGAGCCAUUAUCUGACUUUAGCGCUGAUGAUGAAGAAACCACUAAAGCUCCAAGUGCAGGAGAAUUUCUGUUGCCAACUGAGGAAGACAUCUCAGAUAGUCAAAAUCCCUUCAAACCUUCAUCGUGGAGGUUGGGGAUGACAAGGCUUGAGGAAGCCAGAGACUCUGAACGUUACCUUCAUCGCAUCCUCUGUUAAAAACUGGAUUUUGGUUGAAGAUGCAACAAAACUGAAGUCUGAUUUUGUUUAGACGUACGCGCUUCUGCUAUCAUGCACUAUACAUAUUAGACACUAGCACAACUUUAUGAACUGUGGUAAACCUGCAUGCAAAUUAAAGGACAAUCUAUUAUAGGAAAUUCGAAUGUGUGUCUACUCACAGAGAGACUUGUUGGAAAGAGGCUAGAAUGAACUGUUUUGUUGUUGUUGUUGUGGUUUUUAAUGGGCUGUUCUGUACACUACAAUUCUUAUACACAGUAAAAUAUUUUGAAUAAACAGAGGGAAAUACUUUUA